UCCGCUUUCUACACUAGACUCGAUCAGGUGUUUAAACCUCGCUAGUAAAUAUUAAAGGAUCAAUCUGAAGGUUGAAACAUGCGCUGCAUGAUGAGCUACAGCCUGCCCUGCUCCCCGGGAAUCUCUCCUCCUCAUUCAGGCAGGAUGGUGUCCUACAGAGCCAGAUGCGUCAGUGCAUCUGGUGCCAAUGUGGUCGCAAUCGAUAACAAGAUUGAGCAGGCCAUGGACUUGGUGAAGAGCCACCUGAUGUACGCCGUCCGCGAGGAGGUGGAGGUGCUGAAGGAGCAGAUCAAAGAGCUUUACGAGAGAAACUCUGUGCUGGAGCGCGAGAACGCCGUGCUGAAGUCGCUGGCUAACACCCAGCAGCUCACCCAGCUGUCCAGCCAGCUCAGCUGCCUUUCACCGCCGCUGCAGCUGCAUCAGCCCCCGUUCAUCAAAAACAGCGGCCACUCUCUGGUUCACCACGAGGGGAGCCAAGGCGUCUCCUAUCAGCCAAACAUCACCUCGGCGUGAACCCCCUCACCCUCCCUUUAUUUUCCCCCCUUUAAACACAUGUUUUAAGGACAUGCCUCCCACAGACAGGAGCAGAAUGUCCUCGUUGGAGAAACAAAGAAAAACACCAAACUGUCCUCUUAGCCCUUUAAGCAGAAGGCAUGGCUCUGCUCAGUGCAUUAGUAUGCAUUGAUGCCAGCACAGGGCCGUCACACUGUCAAGACAUUUACCAACACUUAGUCUUAUUGUGUCCUGUGCUCGGCUGAAUGUGAGGCAUUAAACUAAAUGUAUCCUUGUGCAGGAGGCAGGAGGGUUACCAAGCUCAGUGAGCUUAAACUGUUGGGGUAAACAGUGCUGGACAGUAUUAGUGACAGAGUUCCUGCAAAAAACAACAAACAUCUGACGCAAACUGUCCUCCAGGCGUCCACGUCACUUCAGGGCUGGUAGAGGGGGAGGCCGUAGGCAGACAUGGUGCCGGUCGGAAUGAGCGAAGAACACGUCCUCGUUGAGGAGGACAGGAUAGGCAGAGAGAGAGAGACAACAGUCUACGCUUUUAAAAGAAAUUAUCUAUAUAUAUAUAUAUAUAUAUAUGUCUGUGCUGCAUCGAAUGCUUGUUUUUUCAAAGCCACCGUACUUUGACAUGAAUCAUAAUAAAAAGUCAUCAGUAGUUCAGUUUUAGCAAUUUUUGUUUCUCUAUUUAUUUCAGGGCUGCUAUUUCAUAAUAUAAAAUGAACAAUGUCAUGAAGUUACAAAUUCAAAACGACUUUAGUUUCCUAGUAUUUUAAGAUCUGUCAGGUUUAACAUUUGCUUGUUUAUUUGUUUUUUUUCUUCCAACAUGAAUAAGUAGGCAAUAAAUUCCUUGGUUGAAAUUGUUCUCAAGAACUGGUGGUAACACUAAAGAUGAGCUUUUAUGAGGUGAAAUCCAGGUUGAAUGUAUAUUUUGUAAAGUAUUAAAGAGUGUGGGGGGUUUGUACAGGACAGUACCUAUUAAGAUAAAAAAAAAAUGAUGGGAUGGUUCAAUAAAGAAAACUAUGAAUUUUACUUUUUCUAGGCUUUUUUUUUUUUUUUCAAAACAAAUUAUUUUUUUUCUUUAAGAGAUGAAAAACUGUGAAAAUUGUUCAACCUACUUUAUAACCAAAGACUCAAAAACUGUUUAGUCAUCAUUUUCAAUUGAAUGCACAUUUUAUUUCUCUCCUUCCCUAUAAAUAUUUUGUUGCUCGUUCUGCAUGAUCUGUAAUCGGACCACUUUCUUACCUCAUUUGCUUUUUUUUUUUUCUUUUUUUUUUCAGCACUCUUAUUUAACUGUCAUUCUGUGAAUGAUUGUAAGAUUUGUGAACAAGAAAGGGAACUGUGAGCUGAAGGGGUGGAGUCAGUAAGAAAGUGUUUGACGCAAAAGGAUUGUGAUGGUAAAACAAACGUAAAGUUGGAGAUGUUAAAGGAUGAGGGAGGAACUGUGUGCAUAAGAUGACAGAAGAAGCCAUCUUUAUUCUAAUGUUAAAUCUGAUUUGCAGAUAUCUAGACACACUUUAAAGCUGCUGAGCUUAUUACGGGAUGUCCUUUUUCACUUCUCUGUGCCUCUGGUGCCGAUGCCCUGCAGUCCGCAGGCCGUUGGGUCCAUUUCUCUGUGGCUUAGAACCAAACCAAACUGCUUGGUAAAUGUACAAUCAGACAUCUCUUAAAUCUUCCUUCCCCCAAUGUUUUUUCCCCCCCCUUGUUUUCAUUAAUUUGAAGGAGAUGCCGUGUACAUGCCAGAUGUACUGUAUGAAAGUGAUCACUGAGCCUUGGAAAAAAAUGUCAAAACCAAUGCCCUUGUAAUGUGCUGUUAAAAAACUAUUUUAGUUUUCAUUCAGAAAUAAAAAAAACAGGU